CCCAAAGAUGGCUGCUCUGCUGCAUAUCACAUCAAAACAGAGCUGCCGCUCCAGUAGAAUUUGCUUAGAACAUUUGCAAAAAUUCUUCAUCGGUUAUCAUCCUGCCGCUUCUGGAAGUGUUCUGAUUUCAACCCGAAGUUUCUAUACUCGACCGAAAGCCUUGACCGUCGAUCAGCGAAAUGAUCGUCAACAGCAGCAACGUCAGAAUGUGCUACUUGGGAAGAACGCUCGGAAUCUGCUCCAGCCUAUGUUUGCAAGAACGAAGGCAUCACAAAAGACAGCAACGAUUGGAACUAAUGUGUUGGGAGAUACCUUCCAGAAGAAUAAGUUGAAAGGUUCCCAAACUAGUUGUCCACCUCCUCCAGGGCCGCUACUAGUGACGACAUUGCAUACCACCGCAGCCGUCUGCUACCGUGGUCCCGGUCCACUGUUGGCCAAUGUUCAAGCUCUAUCUGCGUCACAUCAACCGCAGCAACAACAACAGCAACAACUGAAGAAAUUCGAAGCUCCAACUACGCCUCAAAAACAACCAAUCCGACAUUGUUUUCAUUUAGGACAUCAUCCCGCCUCCGGAGAGAACAUUGGUACCUACGAGGGACCUAACAUUACCGCUACCGAUAUGGUGAAAGCAAUGGCAACAUACAUCUGGCCGAAAGACGAUGCACUUGUCCGAAAAAGAGUGCUCAUCUCGCUGGGACUUCUCGGGGGAGCGAAGGUUCUGAAUGUGUGCGUGCCGUUCCUGUUCAAAAUGGGCGUAGACAACUUGAGUGGACUCAGCAUGGAUUCGGUUCCUCAUGCAGCUGCUUCGAUGACGAUUGCGGUUCUCUUAGGAUAUGGUAUAGCGAGAGCUGGCGCUGCAGCUUUCAACGAGUUGCGGAAUGCAGUGUUUGCGAGAGUUGCACAGCAUUCGAUUCGAAAAAUUGCCACCAAUGUGUUCCUUCAUCUGCAUAAUCUUGAUUUGCAGUUCCAUCUGAGCAAACAAACGGGUGCAUUGUCUAAGACCAUAGAUCGAGGCUCACGUGGCAUCAAUUUCGUGCUAACUGCGAUGGUGUUCAAUGUUGUUCCCACAAUAUUCGAACUAGCUCUUGUGUCGAGCAUUUUGGGUGUCAAAUGUGGACUUGCUUACGCAGGCAUUUCGAUGGGUUGCGUGGGCGUGUACAGCGCGUAUACCCUAGGCGUGACACAGUGGCGCACCAAGUUUCGUGUUUACAUGAACCAAGCGGAGAACGAGGCCGGCAAUAAGGCGGUGGAUUCGUUGAUCAACUACGAGACGGUUAAAUAUUUCAAUAAUGAGCGAUAUGAAGCGCAGCGCUAUGACGAUGUGUUGAAGAAAUACGAAGCCGCGAGCCUGAAAACUAGCACGAGCCUAGCGCUGCUCAAUUUUGGUCAGAAUGCAAUCUUCAGUGUAGCUUUGAGUGCCAUUAUGGUGAUGGCCGCGAAUGAGAUCGUGAAGGGAAAUAUGACCGUAGGAGAUUUGGUUAUGGUGAAUGGGCUACUAUUUCAACUAUCAAUUCCUCUGGGUUUUCUUGGAAGUGUGUACCGGGAGGUUAGACAGGCUCUACUGGACAUGAGAACCAUGUUCACAUUGAUGGGUGUAGAAAGUGCAAUUCAAACAAAGGCUAAUGCACUUCCACUGAACAUUACCCGGGAGACCGCUUCGAUCGAGUUCAGGGAUGUCUGCUUCAAGUACAACAACAGUAAUCAAAUAUUCGACAAGCUGAGUUUCGUGAUACCAGCCGGAAAGAAGUUUGCCAUCGUUGGAGGUUCUGGAUCCGGAAAAUCUUCAAUGGUGCGCUUACUAUAUCGGUUUUUCGAACCCGCUUCGGGCCAGAUUUUGAUCAACGGGCAGAACAUUCGGGAAAUAGAGUUGGAUAGUCUUCGAAAAGCAAUUGCCAUUGUUCCACAGGAUUCUGUGUUAUUCCACGACACCAUUCGGCAUAACAUACACUACGGAGAUUUGACGAAGGGCCAGGGUGAAGUCGAACAAGCUGCUAGAAUGGCUGAUCUACACGAUUCAAUCCUUAAGUGGCCCAAGCAAUACAGCACACAAGUGGGUGAACGUGGCUUGAAGCUAUCCGGAGGCGAGAAACAACGAGUCGCUAUCGCGCGGGCUAUUCUGAAAAACUCUCCCAUCCUAAUAUUUGACGAAGCGACAAGCAGUCUGGAUUCGAUUACCGAACAAACUAUUUUGGAAGCAUUGAGCCGGGCAACUGAGCAUAGAACAAGUAUUUGCAUCGCCCAUCGUUUGUCCACAGUGAUGGACGCGGAUGAAAUUCUAGUGCUUGAGAAUGGGUGCAUCGGUCAGCGUGGUACCCAUGAACAACUGCUUAGAAGCGGAGGUUUGUAUACUAAGCUUUGGGAUGCCCAAAAUAGAAUGUACAGUAUUGGAAACAACAAUUCAAAAAGCAAAAUGGAUCCGAAUGAGAGAGUUCAAUGACAAAAACAACUUUCCGUAAAAACCCCAAGACGGACACACUUGUAAAACUUGUGUUUCAAUCCCCUUUAGUCAACAUUGGUUGUAAAUAUUUUUGUUUUAUUCCGUAGAACGUAUGCAACCGUUUCCACUUCAUUAUGUACAUUUAUAGAAAGAAUAAAUUAUUUUACGUAAAA